GGAAGAAGAGCAUUUUAUAGUUCCGUGAUCAUCACGUGAAGCCGCGUCGGGAGAAGCACGCGCGCCGCUGCGCGACUUCCGCAAAAGCCGCCGUUUCUUCUCCGCUGCAGUCGUCCUCUUAACGGUUUUCUGACUGGCUUAUGAGGAAAUAGUUUUCAUUUGGAUUCAGAAGACCUAGGUUCAAAUCAUAGUUCUACUCCUUAUUGUGUGACCAUCAGAACAUCAUUUAACCUUUCUAGGCCUCAGUUUCCUAAUCUGUAAAAUGAAAAGGUUGCACUAGAUGACUUCUCAGGCCACUUGCAGCUCUAAAUCUAUGAUCCUAGGACCCUUUGAACACCAGGGCCUAGAAGAACCUUAGCUCUAAGCAGAGUGCUCUGUCCUAGAUAUUGGAUCUAACUGCCUCUUUGUACCUAGAGAGAAAUCACCCUUCCUUUCAGUUAGAUGUUAGUGUUCUCUGUUUACAAAAAAAGGCCUUUAACUUGUUUUUCAUUGAGAAACUGAACAUUUCUCUUCUCAAAAUUGGCCCAUUUUCAUCCCCUCAGGAUCCUCUUCUCAUCCUCGUGUCUCCAUUCUGCAUGAUGACUUUCCUUUUGUCUUUCUGUCGGAGUUUUCAGAUACUCUGGAAGAACAGACUGAAUCAGGGACCGGGUCUCAGGAAUCAGACAUUCUCUGUUUUAUACUCCUACUUCCACUUUAGUAGGAAAGAGCGGAGGUAUUUUUCUCUUACUUUACCAUUUCUACAAAACACCAAAUCAAUUAAUUUGCUGAUUUCCAAGACCAUAUCUAGUAGAAAGAAUGGUAAGAACCGACAUAGGCAAGAGUCUUUUGUUUCCCCUCAUCCCUUGUUUUCAGCUGGAACUGCUAAGAAGAAAUCAGAGAUGCUUGGAUAUAAGAAAGAUCAGCAGCACUGUUUCCCCUUUAGCAGGCCUGUGUUACUCCCAACAAAACCUUUGAAUUCAGAAGAAUGGGAAAAAGUAAAGGAAAAUUAUGAACAAAAAGACAUUUUUGAAAAUUGGAUGAUGGCACAGAUGAUCAAAUAUAAUUGCUCUAUAGAUAUUGCAAAAUCACUGCUGUCUUGGAAAGCCAGGAAAAAUAAUGGUAUUGUGGAUUAUAAACUACUUAUCGGGUAUUUGACUUUGUGUGUUUCUCAGAGACAGACAACAGAGGUUAUUGAUGUAUAUGAAAUUGUGAAAAACAGGUACAAAACUCUAGAACUUGAAGGUUAUACUCUUCUCAUCGAGGGAUUAAUCCAUUCAGAUCGGUGGAGAGAAGCUUUGAUCCUGUUAGAAGACAUCAAAAAAGUCAUACUUCCUUCAAAAAAGAAUUAUGGUAACUGUAUCAAAGGAGCUCUUCUUAACCAAGAAAUGAACUUAGCUUGGAAUCUCUAUCUUGAAAUGCUUAAUCAGAGAAUAAUUCCUACUUGGGAAACUUUUCAGGAUUUCUUUGACUUUGCAAAAGGUGUGAAGAAUAGUCAAUUUGAAAGAAGACUCUUAGACAUCCUUUUAUAUCUAAGACACAACCAAAUGUAUCCUACUGAACCCUUUGCCCAGAGUAUAAAAGCAUGGUUUGAGAGUAUUCCUGAGAAAAAAUGGAAAGGAGAAUCUGUCACCAUUCAUAAGAGUGGGCAAUGCUCAGCCUGUGGAAGAAUGUUAGAGUCUAUUCACCUGAACUCAGAAGAGUAUGAAUUCCUUAAGCAGAGAGUCCUGAAGGAUGUGCUUGAUGGAGGUGACCAAUAUAGAAAAACAACACCAGAGGAAAUUAACAGAUUUGAAAACUUCAUUAAAAGUUGCCCUCCUUUUGAUAUUGUGAUUGAUGGACUCAAUGUUACCAAAAUGUUUCCUAAAAUUCGUGAAUCUCAAACUCUUCUCGAUGUGGUCUCUCAGUUAACGAAACAGAACCUCAAGGUGCUUGUUCUGGGUCGGAAGCAUAUGCUAAACAGAAGUUGGAGGUGGCAAAAGAGUGAAAUGGCAGCUGUUCAGAACAUGGCCUACUGCUUCUUUGCUGACAACGUCUCAGAAGAUGAUGCCUUCCUAUUAUAUGCCACUCUGAACUCAGGGAACCACUGCAGAUUUCUCACCAGAGAUCUACUUCGGGACCACAAAGCGUGUCUCCCUGAUGACAAGACUCGACAUCUGUUCUUUAGAUGGCAGCAGGGACAUCAACUUGUGUUCCUCAACUAUUAUCCAGGAAAAAAGGUCAUUUUUCAGUCUGUUCUCACCUAUGAUACAGUGGUACAAACAACAGGAGACUCAUGGCAUAUACCAUAUGAUGAAAAGAUGGUGGAAAGAUAUUCCUAUGAAGUACCAACUAAAUGGCUUUGCCUUCAGCAACAAAACUGAGGCUUCUGGCCUGGACUAGGUGGCCUCUAAGUGCCCUUCCUAGUCUAGAUUUGUGAUAUUCACUAAAUGUCUGUGUAUCAUUUUGGCCACUGCAGAACAAAGUGGUUCUCAUACAGGAGGACAGAUAAUUCAAGACUGGAGCUCUGCAUAUACUCUGGAAAAGAAGAAAAUGUAUUACUGCUACUAAUUCAAACAAAUCUUUGAUUUUAAUAAGCGUUUUUUAAAUUAUAUGAGACAUUUCAUCUUUUCACUGCAGAUUACAUUUUCCCCCAUGACUUUGCUUCUGCUGUACAAUAUUAUUUGUGAAAGCCUGUCUCCUUUAUAUAUUUUUAUCAAGGAUGCCCCUAAUGUAUUCAUCUAUUAUUGUCUUUAAGAUUUUAUAGAUUUAAUGAUUAUAGAUGUUUGGUGCUGCCCAACAAUAAA